AAAUCAAUACUCAAAACCCGGAACCACCGAUGUCAUUUCAUAUUGCCAGGAAUAAAUUCCCACCGCCGGAUUAAUAUACCCUAUAGGAGAGCUCCGUGAGCUCAUCGAGAAGUUUAAUCCGUCACCGCAUACUGACUUUUCUACGGCAGAAAAAUAGUCUCCAAAAAAAAUUAUCCCGCGACAAUUGAUUCCCACGCAGGCAUAUUCAGAAUGGGGCCCAAAUCUUUGGCGGAGCAACUUGCUGAAUUGGAAGAUCCGACUCCGAAAGAUUUCGACCCUGAGGAUUUGGAGCGCGGUGGUGGUUCUGAUAGUGAUGAGGAGGGUGAGCGUGUGACCGAUUCGAAUGCCGGAAGGGAGCAUUAUCAGGCUGUUGGGAAAGGGAAGCUUCGCAAGCAGGACCCUGUUAACCUAGGGAAACAAUACGCCGGUGCAAAAGUCAGUCGAGAUGCGCUCGAUGCUGAAAGCGACGACGACCCGUUCAAGGCGCGAUCUAGCGAUGAGGAGAAUGGUAGUGAGGAUGAGGAUGAGGAUGAAGACGAUCUUGAGUUAGGAAGCGACGAGGAUGAGGAAAUGUCGGAAGAAAGUGAUGGGAAGCGACCGCAAAAAUCCCGAGUAGCUCAGCAGAAGGGUCCUCAAGGAAGGAUUGCUGACGAUAUGGGAUCAGAUGAUUCUGAGGAACUUGAGAGCGAUGAGGAUUCGGAAGCUUUUGACGAGGAUGACAUGGAUGACGAGAUGCCCUCCGACGAAGACGAAGAGGAUGAGGACGAAGAGGAAGACGAUGAAGAUGAUGACGAGGAAGUCUCUUCUACUCGUCGUGUGAAGUUCGACAAACCCGCAAAGUCUGACGAUCGGGAGGAACUGCGCAGACUCAUGGCUUCCGAUCAAAAAUCCAUCACAGCUACUAUAUCACAAGCCGCUAAAGCCGAUGCAGCCAAAGGAAGGGCAGUUAAACAGCAGCGUGCGACUUUCGAUGCCCUACUGAACACCCGUAUCAAGCUGCAGAAGGGUCUGACCGCGAUCAAUCAACUGUCCGUCACAGCCAAGGAGGAGGAGGAUCUCGAUGGUGAAGCUAUCAAGUCCGCUGAAUCUGCCGCUUUAACCCUCUGGUCCACUCUUGAAGACCUGCGACUCGCUCUUGCAGACGCACAAACUCAGGAUGAAUCGAAGAAGCGGAAGAGACCUUCCGCAGUUACGCCAAGCACAUCUUCAGCUUCAUUGUGGAAGCGUAUGGUGGAUCUCGAAUCCGACUCCGUUGCCCACCGCCGAUCCAUCCUCGACAAGUGGUCGCUCAAGGUGCGCGGGUCCAACGCUAUGGUCCCUAACGCUCGUGGAAAGCUUUUGGGUUCGGCCUCCAGCGGACAGCAGAACAUCACUGCCGUUCUAGAUGCGCAGAUUGCAUCCGAAUCUGGCGACCGUGCUGCUAAACGCGCGCGGAAAAUUGCCGAUGAAGACCAGGAGCCUAUCUAUGACGAUACCAUCUUCUACCAGUCUCUCCUCCGGGACCUCGUCGAGCAGCGCAUGUCCUCCUCUGACGCUAUUACAAACGGCAUCGAUACAUUGCAUAUUCAGCUGCCUUCACGAGGAGGCCUUUCCAUCCAUCCUGUGACCGGUAUGCGCAAGGACAAAGUCAAGAGGGAUGUGGAUACCCGUGCGUCAAAGGGACGGAAGAUGCGGUUCGAUGUCCAUGAGAAGUUGCAGAACUUCAUGGCACCGGAGGAUCGAGGCACAUGGACUACUCAUGCUCGGGAAGAAUUCUUUGCUUCUCUCCUUGGGAAAACUGCAAGCGGGAUGCUCGGAGAGGGUGAUGAUGAGGAUGCUAGCGCUGCUGAAGAGAGUGAUGAGGAUCGUGAGGAAGGUGGAUUGAGGCUUUUCCGGAAUUAGAAGAGAGCGAAUAUUGGACUGUGCGGAAGAUAUUUUGGAUGUACACUUAGGCUAGUAAAAGAGGUUGCAUAUAUACAUACCAGGGUCUUUGCUCACAUCAUUCAUAUUUAUCCUAUAUUUUGUUAUCAAGUAGUUUACAUAAGUUCCACAAUAUAUAGUUCUGUUUGAUAUGUUUGUGAGAUGAGUAUGAACCUAUGUCCACAAGCCUGAGGCAAAA